AUGGCAGGUAUCCACUGUGAAACAAAAAGCGCCACCAGCAGCGCAAGGAUGAAGCUAUUCGGCUUCCACUUCACCGAGGAGGAGGACUCUUACGCGGGGUCGAGCCACGGCGGCGGAGAAGACGUCUCCUCGGUGACCUCCACCACCGCGUCCACCUCCGGUGGGCGCGGCGCCGGCGCCGGCGGCGGAGGGGAAGGGAGGAAGUUCGAGUGCCAGUACUGCUGCCGGGAGUUCGCCAACUCGCAGGCCCUCGGCGGCCACCAGAACGCCCACAAGAAGGAGCGCCAGCAGCUUAAACGUGCUCAGCUCCAGGCCCAGGCACAGCACCAGGCAGCCGCCGCCGCCGCCGUCGCCGCCGCCCACGGCGCCGUUUUCCACCGCGGCAGCGGACUCGCUACCGCCUUCCCCGGCAGCUGGGUCUACCACCACCGCACGGCGAGCCCAGCAUUCCACGUCUCCUGCGGCGGCGGCGCCCUUCCGCCGGCGGCCUCUCUCCCCUCCACCGCCGUGUACUCCUACCGAGGACGCCACCACUCCACGGCGGAGGCGACGACGGCGAUGGUGGCGCCGCCGGUGGAAAGGGCCGCUCCGCCGCCGGUCUCCGGCAGGAUGUCCAGAGGCGCGGCGGCAGCCACCGUCGACAGCGGCGGCGGCGGCGGCGCCUGCGGUGGGGACGAGGUGUUCGGGUUGGACUUGCACCUGAGACUCGCGCCAGCUGGGCCAUGA